GAAACGGAAAUUACAUAAUGUGCUUGAUUCGUAUUUAAAGUGUUGAGUACCGCCUGCAAAAAUGUUCUCCUGCUGUCGAUCGAAUCCCAAGGCGGGCAAGAAGGAAAAGGAUAAAAAGAACGAGGAGGAUGAAGUGCAGGUCACCGAAAAGGGGGAUUCCCAACUGAACGGAAAGCCGGAGAUUCAGAAGGAGGAGCUCCAGAAAGCAGAAAAGCAGACCAUCGAAGCGGAUAAUCCAGCGGAUGAAGGCACCACCCGGGCAAACACUGCCCAACCGACUCAGGCUGAAGCAGCUAAUAAAUCACCACCAGCAACAGCACCACCACCACCAGUUGCAGCUGCAAAAGAAACGGAGGCAUUGGCCCGCUCCACGCACUCUUCCACAUCCACGGCACCGCCAGCUUCGAUGACCAGCGGCGAGGCGGAGGAGGCGGACGAAGUGGUGGUGGUGGCUGCAGUUACUCCCACCACACCGCCUCCCCAACCGCCGCCCACCAAGAGCUGCCUGUCCAGACACAACUCCACACAUCAGUCAAUCAAGAAGAAGGUGAACAUCAGCAACCGGGCGGAAAUCAUUGAGCCGGAUCCACUGCCGCUGCUCCUGCUGGCCAGCCAGAAUCAGAGCUCCCUGCUGGACGACGACGAGGUGUUCUCCGACUCACUGCCUCCGCCGAAAAGAGAGAGCAUGUGUGCGCCGUACAUCGAGGGGGAUGUCGUCUCGGAGACACUGUUCUUUGCCCACGGAUUGCCCUCCUGGUUCGACGACGAGCGACUCAAUGAGCUCGGCUGCAUCGAGCCACCGGUGACGCCGGUGGGACGCGACGAGCUGGAGCUGAAGCGCCAGCGCCUCUACACGGAGCUCCUGCGGGCUGCUCACGCGGCCGUCGAGCACAGCGUGGCCGUGCGGGAUAACGAGCCGGAAGCCAAGCCCACGGCCGCUGUCGAGCACUUGGAGAGCAUUUGCGAGCGACUGGAGACCCUCGUCGACCGAUUGGAACGGACUCUAACGGCGCCACAACCGAUUGAACUGCCCACGCCCACACUCCCGCCUCCACCAGUUGAAGAAGAAGUUGAGGAAUCUCUUCCAGUUGCCGAAAAAGUAGAAACACCACCACCACCUCCUUCGCCGCCCAGCAGCAACAUGAGUGUCGCCGGAUUCGAGGAUAUUGUGGCGGGUCCGCUGAGCCAAUAUCUAUCGCUCUCCGCCAAAAUUGGCGGCGAUGUGGCCCAGCAUGCGGAGCUCGUGAAGAGCGCCUUUGGCUUCCAACUGCAGUACGUGACGCUGGCCACGCAGAUUGCCCAGCCGGCGCAGCCCAAGCAGGCGGAGCUCCUGAAACCAACCUCGACGCAGAUCAGCGCUAUUCAGGAUUACCGCGAGAAGCACCGCUCCUCGGCGCUGUUCAAUCACCUGUCGGCCAUCAGCGAGAGCAUUCCCGCCUUGGGUUGGGUGUGCGUGGAGAAGACCCCGGGUCCGUAUGUCAAGGAAAUGAAUGACGCCGGCCAGUUCUACACGAACCGAGUGCUGAAGGAGUGGAAGGAGAAGGAUGUCACGCAUGUGGAAUGGGCACGCGCCUGGGUGCAGACGCUGACCGAACUGCAGGCCUACAUCCGCCAGUACCACACCACGGGUCUGGUUUGGUCUGGCAAGGGAGCUGCCCCCGCCGGUGGUGCACCACCACCACCGCCACCCGGUGGUCUGCCGCCACCACCACCGAUGCUCGAUCUCAGUGCCCUCAAGCUGGACGGCGGCGAUGAUCGCAGCGCCUUAUUCGCCCAGAUCAACCAGGGCGCCGAUAUUACCAAGGGUUUGAAGAAGGUCACCGGGGAGAUGCAGACCCACAAGAAUCCCUCGCUGCGCACUGGACCUGCUCCGUUCAAGUCGCCCGCCCAAUCGGCGGGUGGCAGCAAAGCCGUUGCUGCUCCUGCCGCUGCCGCUGCCAAGGCGCCCGUUUUCGAGCGCGACGGCAAGAAGUGGAUCAUCGAGUACCAGAAAAACAACACCGGUCUGCUGGUGGAGAACGCCGAGAUGAACAACGUGGUCUAUGUGUUCCGCUGCGAGGGCUCCACGCUGACCGUCAAAGGCAAGGUGAACAACAUUGUGUUCGAUUCGUGCAAGAAGUGCUCGCUGCUCUUCGACUCGGUGGUUGCCUCCGUGGAGUUUGUCAACUGCCAGAGCGUCCAGAUGCAGGUGCUCGGUUCGGUGCCAACGGUGUCGAUCGACAAGACCGACGGAUGCCAGAUGUAUCUGUCCAAGGACUCGCUGGGCGUGGAGAUUGUCAACUCCAAGUCCUCGGAGAUGAACAUCCUGUUGCCCGACGCCUCCGGCGAUUAUACCGAGUUGGCUUUACCGGAGCAGUAUAAGACCACCAUUGCCGGCAAGACCCUCAAGACUGUUUGCGUCGACAGCCUCGGCUAAUGCGAUUCGCUUCCAAGGGAUCCAAUCCGUUGCUUUUCCAACUAUCAUCAGCAGCAAGCAUUAGCCAGUCAGCAAUCAUAAUUGUAUUUAAACUUAAGCGCAAAGUUUUCGUAAUUCAGAGAUUUUUAGAUCAAACUUUUCGUAACGAUGAGAUAAUGUUGCCAAAACAUUGCUAUCCUGGCUAAUGAAGAAAGUAUUUAUAUAAUUUAUUUCGAUGGAAAAGCGAUGGCCACAAAACCGAACCCAAUGUAUUUAUAUCGAGAGUGUGUAAUGCAACUGAGCACGAAAUUCGAACUUUUUAAGCAGACUCUUUACUCGAUCAUCAGAAGUAACUCUUUUUUAUAUUCUAUUUAAAUAAAAUUUAAACAUUUUUUAUCAGAUAAAUGUGGGAGUUAUU